CCAAGAUCCGUGGUCCGGUACAUGUAUUGACCAGUCCACGAUGUGGCCAGCACGCCAAAGCACCGUGCUCGCGGCGUUGGCCGGCUCAGCGAUUGCCGCCGUCACGCAGAUCACGGACGAGGAGAUGCGAACCCUGCUGAACCAAGACGACGGGGUCGAGCUUGCGGACCGCUACGCGCCGCUCUGGUUCUUCGGCCAAGCCCUGAACGAGGUGCCCUGCUACCCGACCUGGGCCUUCGGGGGCUCGCCCGACUCGCCCGACGUCUACGACGCGGCGCACCAGACCGCACCGGCGCCGCAAUGCGAAUACCCGGACGUGGGCUGCGAAUGCCGCAACCCGGGCGUCGAGGCCGGGAAUCCCGGCCCCGCGUCCGCGUUCCCGAUCUACUACACCGUGCAGCGGUGCAAUGAGACCGAAGUGCGCGUGGUCUAUAAUCUCUUCUACGAGAAGGACGGGGCCAAGGUGCUCGACCUGAUCGACACCGGGCAUGACUAUGACUGGGAAAGAGUCAUCAUUGUCCACUCGCGCGACGCGAACGAGCUAUGGGCGCCUUCGCGCGCCCUGCUGUCGGCUCACAGUGGCUAUCAUAAUCUGGCCUGGAGCCAGAUCCAUAGCACGCUGACGAGCGAGGAGAUCGCGGCUGGCGACGCCCGCGCGCCGGACGGGGUGCGUGGGAAUGACCAUCCGAAGGUGUAUGUCUCGUGGUCGAAGCACGCGCAUUUCGAUACCAAGGAUAGGAUCUGGGUCGACCCGAUCAGCCAGUCCACGGACAAUGCAUUUCGCAGUGAUGAUUGGUGGUACUAUGUCGAGCAGCAGUACUAUAUUCGAUCGGACAAUUCCACCGAGGCAGGGAAAGCCUUAAGCGGCACGGAUUGGGGAUCGGCGACCAGCAAUCCUCCCUCUGUGCAGGCAAGCGUGUGCUUGGCUUCAUGAGGAAUGGGGCGGCGAUGUUUGGGAAUUACAGAGUUGC